CCACAUCUUCAACAUUACACUGCAACUGCAACACCCACUCACAUUUUGGUCAAACACUCAAAAUUUCAUCACCAAAAACAAAAACUCAUCUUGAAUGGCAGCUCUCACCAUAAGCUUCAUUGUAGGUGUAAUUGGUAACAUAAUAUCCAUAUUGGUUUUCCUGUCUCCAAUAACAACGUUUAGAGGUAUAGUGAAGAAGAAAGCAACAGAGAAUUUCAAAGGGAUACCGUACAUUUGCACGCUAUUAAGUACAUCAUUAUGGACUUACUAUGGUCUUCUUAAACCUGAUGGCAUGCUUAUUAUCACUGUUAAUGGUGCUGGUGCUGUUCUUCAAGUUAUCUACGUUACUCUUUUCAUCAUCUACGCCCCGAAAGACUCUAAGAUUAAACAUUUGAAAUUAGCGGGGAUUUUGAACGUUGGAUUUUACGGGGCAGUAUUACUGGUUACACUACUUGCUACACAUGGAAGUCUACGGCUGACGGUUGUUGGAUUCAUUUGUGCGGGAUUAACUUUAGGAAUGUAUGGUGCCCCAUUAGGAGCCAUGAAAAAUGUGGUAGUGACGAAGAGCGUGGAGUACAUGCCAUUUAUGUUGACGUUUUUCCUCUUUCUCAAUGGCGGCAUUUGGUCCGUUUAUUCAGUACUCGUCAAGGACUUCUUCAUUGGGGUGCCAAAUGUGAUUGGUUUUGUGUUAGGAUCAGUUCAGUUAAUCAUGUACAUUAUAUACAACAACAAAUCAAAGGAAAAGAAAUUAUCAAUGGAGAAACUCGAAGAAGAAGGAUCAGCUCAUUUGGUACAAGGAACCGUCGAAAUGGGCAAGUACAACGAAGACAUGGUGAUGAAGAAAGAAAGAAGCCUAAACAAAGGAUGGAGUCUACCUAAACCAACUGUACUAAGACAACUUAGUUUGCAGAAGAUCGUUAAAUCACGUUCUCUGAAUGUUGAUUCCCUGCCCCUUAGUACCGAGGAUGCUGAGGAUGUCGAGAAUCAAAAUCAGAACAUUGUUACCAACAUCAAACAUCUACCUAUAGCUAGGUAGUUGCAUGUACGAGGAUCAAUAAGAUCAACAUGAAGUAACUAUAUCCUGAGCAUAUAUAUUUAGAAGCAAAGCCUGUACUAUGCAGCAUACUAUAUGCUAAUCUGCAUCUAUCAGUUAUCACAAUCACUUGAACUCACAGCACAAGCCUAUAUUGCGAGGCGCUCCGCCUAGCGCCUAGGUGAUCACCAAUACGGUUUAUGCUCUUUCACUAUAACUAUACCAAUCACGUUAUAGUUCUCUUAAGAUUGUUAUUUGUUUCCAUAUUUUGAUCAUUGACUGUCGAUGGUGAUUGAUUUUGCAUUAAUAUUAAUAUUUCACUACUUCCAUCA